UCUACAUGUUAUAGUAUGAACCUGGAUCCAUCAUAAUGAUUCUACAUUUUAUAUUAUGCCAUGGCCUUUACUGGCCAAAGGUUAAACUACUGUUAUGUUUAUGAUAUACUAUGGUGUUGCGUCACUAGACUUUGACCAGAUAUUAUUGCAUCCAAAGAUCAACUGUACCUAGAACAUAGAUACAGAGCCACUUGUUAUCAGGAAGCUGCUCUCUCAGCACAACGGAAAAUAUCUCAAUGACUUGACAUGUUCUGGUUGUGAAUUCAGGCUACAAGGGAAAGAAAAUGCAGCGAGAAAACAGAAGAGAAAAAAUGGAGACGUAUUACCGUGGGGAGCAUAAGAAUAUAGAAACCUUGAAAAUGGUUAAAACCCCACAAAGUUAUAGACGUCUUAUUUUAAAAGACAUUCCACUAUACCCCAAAGCUGACAAAGCGGAAUUUCACGUGGACAAAGUCUGUCACGUAACCACUCCAACAGGCCUGACAGGAAUCAUGGAUUUGAGUGGAUUUACAGCAGGGCAAAGAGGGAGUUUCUCAUGGUGGGCUCUUCACAUUACAGAAGGUGAAAUUGAGGCAGCAGAGAAUCGCUUCCUUGAAAAGGAACAGCUUUCCUUUGACCCAAAAAUGGGGGAAGAAAAAAGACACAAUCCAUUCCUGAGGGAAUUCACCACCUCCCCUGUCUUCCAACAGGGAUCUCGGUAUGGGAACUUUAAGUUUACCUUCCCCUUGGAGGAUCUCAUGCAGAUGUACACAGAGCAGAUCUGUGAGGGAGAGAAGCCUGUCCUGAGAGUCUAUGAAACCGUGGUUUACAAGCAGGAGAUCAUGUACGUAGUGGUUCUCCACAGUCCAGAGGUGACAGAGUUUGAUGACUGCCCACUUCUUGCUGAUGAGGAUGAUGAGGCAAUAUGCAUUUAUAAAGAUGGCAAAAUUGUCUGGCGUGCAGAAGCAAUAUGUGGAACCCAUACAAAGAAGCUGAUCAUCAACCGAGAGAGUGGAACAGUUGAAACAGAAGAACUAGGACAUGGUUAUGAACAUUUCAUGUGGGACAAUGUGACCCUGGCAUUCCAUCUGCCAGUUGACAGCACCCUCGUAGUUGAAGAGGGAGUAUUAAAGGAUAGACUCCAUGCAUGUGAGGGUAUCGCACCUUUUCUCCAUGAUGAGUUGUUAACACUAGAGGAGGCAAAAGAAGUAGUCAAUGCCAUAAAGAAUGCUAUAUAGGGACAGUGCUAGUGACAGUUCUAGGGACAGUUCUAGGGACAGUGCUACAUAGGGACAGUGCUAGUGACAGUGCUAUAUAGGGACAGUGCUAGUGACAGUUCUAGGGACAGUUCUAGGGACAGUGCUACAUAGGGACAGUGCUAGUGACAGUGCUAUAUAGGGACAGUGCUAGUGACAGUGCUAUAUAGGGACAGUGCUAGUGACAGUGCUAUAUAGGGACAGUGCUAGUGACAGUGCUAUAUAGGGACAGUGCUAGUGACAGUGCUAUAUAGGGACAGUGCUAGUGACAGUGCUAUAUAGGGACAGUGCUAGUGACAGUUCUACAUAGGGACAGUGCUAGGGACAGUGCUAGGGACAGUGCUAGGGACAGUUCUAGGGACAGUGCUAGGGACAGUGCUAGGGACAGUGCUAGGGACAGUUCUACAUAGGGACAGUGCUAGGGACAG